AUGUCGGCACUUUUGAAGCUUGAAUCUUCAACUGCUGUCCCCAAACGAAAUGUGGCCCGUUCUACCUCCUCUACUGGACCAUCAAUGACUGUUGUUGGAUUAUUACCUCGUAUUCGUUCAUCUAAUCGUAUGAAGGAACUGGCCAUGGUUCCAAACCGGACGGCAGUCAGUCCGCCACCAUCAAAUGGUGGAAUGACGCCAUUGGAUAAAUCAUUUGGUCAAUUAGAAUAUCGUUUUCAAGCAGCUCAUUGGAAAGUGUAUGGAGCUAAAAGCUUGAUAAGUGACAAGGAAGCUUCGGUUUUUGUAUUUGAACGGAAAAAUAAUGUUAAAGCUCCGCCACGUAUUGGACGUGUCAACAAGUUUGCUUUGGCCGACUUGCUUAAAUAUGAAGUAACACAAUUAUGUCAAUUGGCUCAUCCACGCAUUCUACACUCACUGCAUGCAUUGGAAGAUAACAAAGAUAUGAUGGCAUUUGCUACAGAGCCCAUCCAUACUACAUUGGAGAACAUAGUCAUAGAAGAAGGAAUUGAAUGUUUGGAAAUGAAAUUGGGCAUUCUACAGAUCAUCGACGGCUUGGCAUUUUUGCACAAUUCAGCAAAAAUACUUCAUGGAAACUUAACGCCUGCGGCAAUUUAUGUUACAUGUUCAAGACAAUGGAAAAUAGCCGGCUUAUCGUUUGCUGUUGCUGCUCGUGAACCUAAUGUUUACCCGUGUUAUCCGUGGACAAAAAAGCUUCCGGCGAGCUUACAACCGGAUCUCGAUUUUCUGGCUCCAGAAUAUUUACGAUCAAAUCAGACGCACGUAACAUCUGCUGCUGAUGUAUUUUCAUUGGGAUUAGUAAUAUGUUGGAUAUAUGCAGGAGGCAAGCGAUUGAUCGAUGCUAAAAACAAUCUGGAUACUCAUGCUAUCAUAGUUGAUCAGCUUGAUGCAGCCUUAACAUGUAUAGCUGAUGAACUAGGAACGAAUUUACGGGAAUCAAUGCAAUUAGUGUUAAGCCAAGAUGUUCGCUCACGUCCCACAGUUCAAUUACUAGCUUUGAUUCCACAUUUUAAUGAUCCAGCUCUAUCAGCUUUACGUCAGCUCGAUGAUAUAGGACAAGUAUUUGAUCCAUCGAAUGUCGUUCAUUUCCUUUCACAUACAUUCGUUGCAGCUUUACCAAACAUUCCGGAAAAUUUAUGGUUUUCAAGAGCUUUAUCACGACUAAAUGAUCAAUUUUAUGAACGACCAGAGUUUUAUCCGUCAGUUGCUAAGCCGCUUUUUUAUAUUUUGGAACAUUGUGAAAGUCAUAAUUUUCAUAAAUUACGUCCAUGGAUGAGAAAGAUUGUUGACCACGCCCAAGGACAGAAAUCUUCUCUUCGGCCAGUUGUUCUUGAAAACAUGAGUUCCAUGUUUCGUCGUCUCUCCGAUGAGAAAGUAGAAGACAAAUGUAUGGAUAUCAUUGUGCAUUCGCUCAAAUCAGACGAUACAAGUCUACAGGCGACAACCAUUCGUUCACUACCACAUGUAACAGAAUUUCUUCCGUUAACUUUCAUUUGUCGACGUCUGAUGCCAGCCAUAAUGUGUCUUCCACCAUAUCUGCACGAUAAUGUUCCGCGUCAAUUGGAUUUAUUAGUGUCGUUAGUCUCAAUAUCUGAUCGAUGUGAUGCUGCAGCUUUACAUGAUCUCCUUCAAUGUGUUUCUCUAUGUAAUUCUCAACAUCAUGCCAUUGUACAUGCCAAAUCACGUCUAAUUCAACGAAUCGUCACAAGAGAUCCUGUGCGUUUACGUGAUCCCCAGCAAAUUUGUAUUCAUUUACUUAAUCCAUUAUGUAUUGGACUUUCACAGAAAGAACUUACAUCUGCACAAUUUGAUGAUGUCAUGUCAAGUGUUCGGAUACUUUUAGAUAUUGUUGAGCAAAUACGGUAUGAGGAAGAUGAUCGUCAUGCUCUUCAUAAUCAAUUGGGACAAGGACGACUCGGAAGCCGUUUAGUCUCAAUGUCGAGCACUAAUCUACCUCGAGUUAUGAUUAGUGCAGCUCGACCAUCUUUCAGUAGUGAUUCAAGGAAUUCCUUCAGGAAAAUGUCAUUCCUCUCUGCUGAUGGACGAUUAGAAGAUCGCGGUCGUCGAGAAUCUCGUGAUAGUCGUGGGUCGCUGGAAAGUGACAUGAGUAUUAGAAUAGGCGGAAGUGAUAUUUCUGAUGAUUCUGCUCACUCUGGUGCUUCGGCUCGAGGACGUCGACAAUCAUGGCUGGAUAAUUAUGGACACAGUGUAUCGCUAGAGCAACAGACAACAUCAUCAGCUUUGUUGGAAACAUCAACAGCGGCUGCUAAUGCUUUGACCAGACAAUUAGAAAGAAAUACUAGUUCGAAACGUAUCGGUCCUUCCGGCGGAGGAACAAGUAGAUGUAGUGAAAGACGUGCCCGGACACGAUCUCCCAACGGAGAUCUUGACGGACGUCACACGCCUGCCAGACCCAACAGCUUCACGAACUUAGGACAUAACCUCGUAUUAACGUAUCGCACAUUAUGGAAUACAAAAGAAAAUAAAGAAGCAAAAGAAGCGACUGGAAACGGAACAGCCACCGCCACAGUUUUGCCUGUAAUGACAACACUGAACCCUUGA